GCCGCCUGGCGCAGGAGCCGCCAUGCCCCCCGGGCCGUGCGCCUGGCCGCCCCGCGCCGCUCUCCGCCUGUGGCUGGGCUGCGUCUGCUUCGCGUUGGUGCAGGCGGAUAGCCCCUCUGCCCCCGUGAACGUUACCGUCAGGCACCUCAAGGCUAACUCGGCAGUGGUCAGCUGGGAUGUCCUGGAGGACGAGGUUGUCAUCGGGUUUGCCAUCUCUCAGCAGAAGAAGGACGUGCGGAUGCUGCGCUUCAUUCAGGAGGUGAACACCACCACCCGGUCCUGUGCCCUCUGGGAUCUGGAGGAGGACACAGAGUACAUCGUUCACGUGCAGGCCAUCUCCAUCCAGGGCCAGAGUCCGGCUAGUGAGCCCGUGCUCUUUAAGACCCCGCGAGAGGCCGAGAAGUUGGCCUCUAAGAACAAAGAUGAGGUGACCAUGGAGGAGAUGGGGAACGUUCAGCAGCUGCGAACGGGCGAGGUGCUGAUAAUCGUCGUGGUCCUCUUCAUGUGGGCAGGUGUUAUAGCCCUCUUCUGCCGCCAGUAUGACAUCAUCAAGGACAACGAACCCAAUAACAACAAGGAAAAAACCAAGAGCGCAUCAGAAACAAGCACACCGGAGCACCAGGGCGGUGGUCUCCUCCGCAGCAAGAUAUGAAACCUUUCCAGCGCUUGCUCUGAGCAGCUCAGAAGACAGUAGAGAAUGUGCGAGGAC